CUUAACUGCAGCUCAGGCAAAAUCUUGCUGUGUCAGUCUGGGAAGUGACUGGGGAGUUACAUAACGCAGGAGAGCACAGGCUUGCGGGUGGAAGUGGACCCUGGACAUACACUGGCCGGUGGGUUGUGCUGAAAAGGAGGAGGAGCACAGGUUGCGUCGCUGGACAAUGCCACAUGCUUUGUGGACAGUGUGGGUCUUGGCGGCAGCAAUCAGCCUCUCCAAGGAAGGGGCCCUUGAUCAGGCCCAUUCUCUGUCUUGUGACCCCACUGGCGUCUGUGAUGGCCGCGCCAGAUCUUUAAACGCCAUCCCCCCAGGGCUCACGGCAGCUGUGAAAAGCCUUGACCUGUCCAAUAACAGGAUCACCUAUGUCGGCAACAAUGACCUGCAGAGGUGUGUGGGCCUCAAGGCCUUGAGGCUGGGGUCCAAUGGAGUCCACACAAUUGAGGAAGAUUCCUUUUUUCCCCUGAGGAGCCUCGAACAUUUGGACUUAUCCUAUAAUCGCUUGUCUAACUUAUCAGCUUCCUGGUUCAGGACCCUUUCUGCCUUGAAAUUCUUAAACGUGCUGGGAAAUCCUUACAAAACACUUGGCGAAACGUCUCUUUUUUCUCAUCUCCCCAGUCUGCGAAUCCUGAAAGUAGGGAAUAGUAACCCCUUCUCCGAGAUUCAGGAAAAGGAUUUCUCUGGGCUCACUUUUCUUGAGGAACUUGAGAUCGAUGCUUCAAAUCUGCAGAGGUAUGAGCCAAAGAGUUUGAAGUCAAUUCAGAACAUCACUCAUCUGAUCCUUCACAUGAGGCAGCCGGUUUCAUUGCUGGAGAUCCUUGGAGAUCUUUUAAGCUCUGUCAGACAUUUAGAACUGCGAGAUACUGAUCUGAACACUUUCUCUGUUUCAGAAAUAGUUGUCGAUGAAACCAAUACAUGGAUUAACAAGUUGACCUUUAGAAAUGUAAAAAUCACUGAUGAAAGUUUUAGUGAGCUGGUGAAACUGCUGAAUUAUAUUUCUGGGAUGUUAGAAGUAGAGUUUGAUGGCUGCACCCUGAACGGACUUGGUAAAUUUAGAACGCCUGUUUUAGGCACAGUUAAAUAUCUAGGUAACGUGGAGACGUUAACAGUACGGAAGUUGACUAUUCCAAAUUUUUUCUUAUUUUACGAUCUGAGCAGUAUAUAUUCACUCACGGGAAAAGUGAAAAGAAUCAUAAUAGAAAACAGUAAGGUUUUUCUGGUUCCCUGUUUACUCUCACAACACUUAAAAUCGUUAGAAUAUUUGGAUCUCAGUGAAAAUUUAAUGUCUGAAGAGUACUUGGAAAACUCAGCCUGUGAGCAUGCCUGGCCCUUCCUGCAAACCUUAAUUUUAAGGCAAAAUCAUUUGAAAUCAUUGGAAAAAACUGGCGAAGUUUUGCUUACUCUGAAAAACCUGACUCACCUGGAUAUCAGUAAGAAUAAUUUUGAUUCAAUGCCUGAAAAUUGUCAGUGGCCAGAAAAGAUGAAAUACUUGAACUUGUCCAGCACAAGAAUACACAGUUUAACUUAUUGCAUCCCCCUGACCCUGGAAAUUUUAGAUAUUAGCAAUAACAAUCUCAAUUCAUUUUCUUUGAUUUUGCCGCAACUCAAAGAACUUUAUAUUUCCAGGAAUAAGUUGAAGACCCUCCCAGAUGCCUCCUCCUUACCCACGUUAUUAGUUAUGAGAAUCAGUAGAAAUACAAUCAGUACUUUCUCUAAGGAGCAACUUGCCUCUUUUCAAAAGCUGAAGACUUUGGAAGCUGGCGGCAAUAGCUUCAUUUGCUCCUGUGACUUCCUGUCUUUCACGCAGGGGCAGCGAGCACUGGCCCAGGUCCUGAUCGACUGGCCAGAAAACUACCUGUGUGACUCUCCAUCCCAUGUGCGGGGCCGGCGGGUUCAGGACGUCCGGCUCUCGCUGGCUGAAUGCCACAGGGCAGCCGUGGUGUCCGCCGCGUGCUGUGCCCUUUUCCUGUUGCUCCUGGUCACCGGGGUUCUGUGCCACCAUUUCCACGGGGUGUGGUACAUGAAGAUGAUGUGGGCCUGGCUCCAGGCCAAACGGAAGCCCAAGAAGGCUCCCCGCGGGGACCUCUGUUAUGAUGCCUUCGUGUCCUACAGUGAGCAGGAUUCCUACUGGGUGGAGAACCUCAUGGUCCAGGAGCUGGAGCACUUCAACCCGCCCUUCAAGUUGUGUCUUCACAAGCGGGACUUCAUUCCUGGCAAAUGGAUUAUUGACAAUAUCAUCGACUGCAUUGAAAAGAGCCGCAAAACCAUCUUUGUGCUCUCGGAGAACUUUGUGAAGAGCGAGUGGUGCAAGUACGAGCUGGACUUCUCCCAUUUCCGUCUCUUUGACGAGAGUGAUGACACCGCCAUCCUCAUCCUGCUGGAGCCCAUUGAGAGGAAGGCCAUUCCCCAGCGCUUCUGUAAACUGCGGAAGAUAAUGAACACCAAGACCUACCUGGAGUGGCCUGCUGAUGAAAUGCAGCGGGAGGGGUUUUGGUUAAAUUUGAGAGCUGCAAUAAAGUCCUAGGUUCCUUCACCAAAGGCCAGUCUUGGUCUGGUGGUGGUUUCAGUCUCACUAGGUAUAACCAAGUCCACUCCGACACAAUUAUACAUAAGCCACACGAAUGAGGACCUGCUUACUAAAACCACUAAAACUGUUCAAAUUUGCUCUAGAGUGCUGUUUUAUAAAAACUGCUACCAGAAUGGGAGACCAUGGUUCUGGGCUUUUCUUUCUCCUAUGAGAGAAUCAUGAUCAAAGUCCAUUAUUGAUAUCUGAAUUAUCUGUACCAAUUGGCUUAGUCCACUAGGAAACAGCAUAAAGAAACAGAAAGUUGCAAAUGGAAAUACCUACACGGUGUGUUUCAUGUGAACUGGGUCUGUCUUUUUGGGUAUUUGAUGAUCGAGUUCUUCAGCCCCAGGGAGAGGGUACACAGCACAAAGUGCAGUAAGUUCUGUGUUUCUACAACAAUGAAACUAAUAAUACAUAGGCAAAAUACUCAGUUUAGAAGAAUUUGAAAGAAGCCUUCUGUAUCCGUGACUCUGGUCUUAGCCUUUCACUCUUUGUGAAGCUCUGACUGGGGGUCUGGUUCCUCUGGUCCCUCAGCCCCUGUCUUCAGGUCUGCCUCCCCUGCCUCAGGUUGCUUGUGUCUGCUUUGACAAGUCUUGUUUCUGAUUCCAAAAAGGUCUUUUUUUUUUCUUUCUGAAACUUUAUAAAAGUAUGUGUGAGCUAAAUAGGUGUUUAACAAGUAUAGACUUGAAUCUUAUAAUGACUGGAAAAUAUUUGAGACCUGAUAAUGUAAAAGGUAGAUGCUACUUCCAUGGGUUAAUUUUUAUAAUUAGGUAAUAUGACGUUAAAGGAAUGCAUUAUAUUGAAAAGCAGGGAGUUAUUUAUGGAUUUCGGGCGACCCUUUUCUUAAGCUGGGAACCACACGUGACAGGAAGUGGCCUUGCUCAGCUCUCAGCCAGGAUGGGUCUGUGUGGUUAAUUGGGCUCUGGAGUCAGAAAGACCUGAGUUAGUACAUGUGUAUCUUUGGGCAGCUCAAUCUGACCCCAAAUAUUUUCCUGUCCUUAAGACAGGGAUAGUAAUAGCUACAUGACAGGAUGUGAUGUAGUUAUUAACAUGCAG